AUGGGCCUUCGAUCCCAGAGAUCCAGUCACCGUCUCAACCAGAUUGAGAAGAUCCGUGCAAAUGGAAUCGGCGACCUCGUCGAUCUUCCCCAGCUGGUCGUCUGCGGCGACCAGUCUGCCGGCAAGAGUUCAGUGCUCGAAGGCAUCACUGGCAUACCUUUUCCUCGCCAAGAGGGUCUUUGCACCAGGUUUCCGACCGAGAUCAUUUUACGCCAUUCUACCGCCCCGCUGAAGGCCACAGCAACCAUUCGGCCUCAUUCAUCUCGUUCAGGAGUCGGCUCGCAGAUUCUGCGCGGAUAUCGACGAGAGAUGAAAGAGGACUUAUCUGACCUGCCUGUUGCCAUUGAGGAGGUCAGCAAGCUCAUGGGCAUCCGCGGCUUCACGGACUCUGAGGAUGACCCAGCCUUCGCCUCUGAUGCUCUCCGUAUUGAGGUUACUGGCCCGACAGGGCUCCAACUCAGUGUCGUCGACCUUCCCGGACUUAUCUCAGUCGCCAACGAAGAACAGUCCGAGGCCGAUGUCGAAGCCGUGUACGCCAUGGUUAGAAGUUAUCUGUCCAGCUCCCGCACCAUCAUCCUUGCUGUUGUUCAGGCCAGUAAUGAUGCGGCCAACCAAGGAAUUAUCAAGAUCGCCCGCGAAUACGACAAGGACGGCCAGCGAACCGUGGGUAUCAUCACCAAGCCUGAUCUUAUCAACGUCGGUGCUGAGGCCAAACUUGCAAAGAUUGCAAAGAACAAGGACUCCAUCAAGCUCAAACUAGGGUUCUUCCUCCUCAAGAACCCCAGCCCUUCUGAGGUGAAGACUGGCAAAAGUCGUGCAGAACUGGAGACCAUCUUCUUCUCUUCUCCUGCCUGGAAAGAGCAGAAUCUCGACAUGAGUCGAGUGGGGGUCGAUAACUUGAAGAUCUUCCUGCAAGAACUUCUGGAUGGUCACCUUGAUCGAGAGCUUCCCAAGGUCAGGGACGAGAUACGCCGUGUCCUAGCUACGACCGAAGAAGAGCUCAAAGCCAUGGGACCGGAGCGACGAUCUCUGAGCGACAUCCGGUCCUUCAUGACCAACCUCAGUAUGAGAUAUUAUCAGCUGGCGCAGGCGGCUCUCGACGGCAACUAUCACCAUUCCGAUGGGGAGUUCUUUGGCGGAGGAAAUGGCAACAGACUUCGCUCUCAUAUCCACCAGCAGAACAGCGACUUUGCCAAGGCAAUCCGUGAGCGUGGCCACAAGCGGAAGGUCACUGAACGGACAUGGGGUGGCGUGCCUACAGCGCCAGGCGAAGAGAACUCUGAAGAAGAGACGCACGACCAGGGUGAAGGACCGAUCUUGGUUACAAAAGAUGAGAUGCUUUCGUGGGUUCUUGAGACCUACCGGGACACUAGGGGUCGUGAGCUUCCCGGCAAUUACAAUCACAUUCUUCUGGCCGAACUUUUCCAUGAACAGUCCAGCCCUUGGCGCUCAAUUGCCGAGUCACACCUCGACGCUGUUUCUCACAGUAUUUCCAAAUGGGUGCACCAGGCUGUCUCCCGGCUUUUCCCAGAAGAGCGACUCAGGGCUGACGUCAACACCCUUUGUCAGGGGCGAUUGGAAAAUGCCAGGCGGAAUGCCUACGAUGAACUGAGAAAGCUUCUUGAGGACGAGGAGCAGCAUCCGAUCACCUAUAACCAUUACUACACGGAUAACAUCCAAAAGGCCCGCAACGACUGCCAGAGAAACGCUAUACAAAAUGCUUUGAAGGAGACUGCCAAACAGUGGGCAGCCAGUGACGGAAAGUUGGACACAAGCAACAAUUUUGAAAUGGCUCGAUUCAUCUCUACUCUGCAGCCCAAGAUUUGCGUGGACAUGGAUAUGCAGGCUUGUGAAGAAGCACUGGCGGGCUUGAACGCGUAUUACAAAGUCUCUAUGAAGACGUUCGUGGACAACGUCUGCCGACAAAUUGUCGAGCGACACAUUCUUGCCCCUCUGCCUGAGAUCUUCUAUCCCACAACGAUCUCAGAGCUUACGGAUGACGAACUCCUCCGACUUGGUUCGGAACCUGAGAAGGAAAUUGCCCGGCGGCAAAAGUUGGACAACGCGGCGAAGUGCUUGAAGGGCAGCCUUGUCGACUUGCAGAGCCUGUCUGGCUGA